AUGCCUUUCGCGCUGAAGAAUAUCUUUUACACGCCGCAGAGGCUCAAAGCUGAACAGCAUGUCAAGCGUGGCUUCGGUACACACUCAAAUCUCGUAAAGGAAGUGACGUAUGACGAGGACAAAGACGACAAGACGCCUUGUCUUCUCGUAAUCUUCUGGUCCUCCCGAGCCCUUUCUCUAUUUGGAGAAUUGGAGCAGGCAAAGCACAAUAUCGAGAAGGACUUUUGGGGUGGACUUGAACAUUUCCGUAUCGAUAGCUCCUACCCAGUCGGCGCUUGGCUCGAUGAUUCGGAGAAGACGCACCCCCCUAGACAAAUAUUGUUAAGGUCUUCGGCUGGAGACAGUGAAGAAGAGGCUCCACGAGUUGUUCAGUCUAGACGGUCAUCUCGUAUUUCCUCAAGCUCAACGCUCCCCGAGCCUGAACCAAGGCGUGACGUCAAGCCCAGUCUGUCAGCAGAUGUCAGAGCCGAACGACGUAAAGGGCGAAUAUUCUUAAAUAGCGAUCCCUCUAGAAGUCUUUAUGAAUUCCCCGACCCUGAAGUUUGGAGUAAUGAAGGUGAUGAUGAAAGCGACGAUGACGACCAGUUUUGGGAUGACGCAGGCUUUGAAGAUUCUGACUUCGACGAUGCUGGUUUUGAAGAGGCCGUUUUUGAAAGCACAGAUAGGCAAUACCCCACUGACAGUUCCAUCCCAGAGAUCACAGUCUCCAGUCCGAGUGACGAAGAAAGUGAAACGAAGAGACGAAUGAGUUCUAAGGACAUGCUGAAACCCGACGACGUCUACAAGGUUCUUUGGAAACAGCAGACCAAAGAAACACGCUUCUUGAACGAAACCCAACGUUUUCUAUUACCUCUGGCUUGGUUGGUGGCAGAGGCAGAAGGAAUAGAUGUAAAUGACUUGCCUGCGUUGGAGAUGUCUUUGAAGUCUAUCAUUGCAGACCGUCAAAAGCUCAUUGACCUCUUCCCCCUAGCAAAGAUAUUGGCCAAGGAUCAAAAGGUUGAUGUUACUGAUUUCAAAUCAUUCCCUCGGAUGUUGAAAAAUGUCAUAGCGGACCGUGACAAUGCUAAAAGGUUAGCCGAGUACCACAGAGUGGCAAGAAGAAAGCUUGAAUCUAGAGUCGCGCAGUUAGAGAUGGAGAGAAAUGGCGAAAGCCCGGAUGAUGAGGAAUAUAUCCGGUACUGA